CAGGGGACUCGGCGCUCGUGAGGGGCAGCGCCGGUUACGGAGGAAGAAGAACGUAUGAAUAACUAGAGAUCAUCAUGAGGGAGAAAAGAUCUAGGCGGCGGCGAGCAGGAACCAAAGAAGAGACGCAAAACCAGGUGUUGGGUUCAGCAGCACAGGAUUUUACAGUGGAUGAAAGUUUUUCCCCAAAGGCUGGAACAAGUAAACUGCAAAGUCAUGGUGCACCAGCAGAUGCCUCUCCAGACUCCAAGUGUCCUAUCUGUCUUGACAAAUUUGAUAAUGUAUCUCACCUUGAUAGAUGUCUGCACAGAUUUUGCUUCCGCUGCAUCCAAGAAUGGGCGAAAAAUAAAGCUGAAUGCCCCCUGUGCAAGCAACCUUUCUACUCCAUAUUUCAUAGUGUUCGUGCAGAGGAUGAUUUUAAGGAGUAUGUCUUAAGACCCACAAUGAAUGGCUCCCUUGCUAGUCCAGAAGGCCAUAGAUUUCGCUAUCGCAGUACUGUGACUAGAGACUACAGAAUACCCAACCGGCGACUGAGAUCAUCAUCUUCUCAUAGGACUGAAUCGCCCCCAGAUAAUGGUAUUUUAUUUGAGGGCCUUCCAAAUCAAGCUCAGCAAAGGGGAAGUGAUAUCCAGCAAAUGAUAAGAAGACUGGCUUCAAGACGACAAGCUAGUGCAGAAGGUCGGUCUAUGAGACAGAUCCAAGAGCAAGAACUUGUUAACUUCAGAAGAGCUCUCUAUCGAUCAGGUGUGCGUGUUAGAAGUAUACAGGAUGGAGGCCGCUAUCGUGACAUAUCUGCUGAGUUUUUCAGAAGAAAUCCUGCCGUCCUUCACAGGCUUAUCCCCUGGCUGAAGCGAGAGUUGACAGUCCUGUUUGGCACACACGGUUCUCUUGUUAAUAUUGUACAGCAUAUAAUCAUGAGCAAUGUGACACGCUAUGACAUGGAGACCCAAGCUUUUGUAGAUGAUUUGCGGCCUUUUUUGCUUCACCGUACUGACCACUUCCAUCAUGAAUUCAUCAACUUUGCUCGUUGCCCAUAUAAUAUUGAUGCAUAUGACCAACAUGCUAACUAUGAUUGCCCUGCACCAUCAUAUGGGGAAGGAAGUCACUCUGAAUCAUCGGUCAUCACUAUAUCACCUGAUGAAGUGGUCUCUAGGGACCUAGAUGUGCCUUCAUCUAGUAUUGAUGUAGGUCAGGCUCCAUGGGAUGAUGAAACGCCAGGACCUUCUUACUCAACAUCAGAACCAGCUACAACCAGUGUAUCAGCUACUCUUAAUGUCUCAGAGAGCUCAGAUGAGGAACCUUCUAAUAGUCAAGACAUUGCUCAGGAAGACAUAAUUAGUGAUGUUGGUAACAUGCAGGACAUGGCCCUUCCAACAGAUGACUGUGUCAUAGUGGGUUACGUUAAGCCAUUAGCAGAAAGAACACCAGAACUUGUCGAGCUCUCUUCAGAUUCAGAAGGCUCACUGUGUGAAGUAAAGACUGAGGAUACAAAAAAGUCUCCAGUUAAGCCAUUUAUUUUAAGUGACAGUAAUGAGUCAAGCAGAUCCUCAUCCCCUUCAUCCUUUCUCUCCAGUGAUAAGCAUGCACACAAAUCUAGAAAUAAAGAAAAGACUGAUUCUGGAAAAAUUGCGCAUUCCAAAAAGAAAGAAAAGGGGAAAAAAUCAAUUGAUGGGUCUUCCAAAACUACAAGAGAAAGCAGGAAAGGUAAAAGAGAUGUAAACAGUAGUCAUGCAGUGUCAAGAUGGCGAGCAAGGUCAAGGAGUUCAGACUGUUACUCUCGUUCCUCCCGCAAUAAGGGAUAUGAUAAUCGCAAAAGACCUGGUAGCAAAAGCAGAAUAAAAGCAAGGGGCCAAGAGAGGAGCAGACACAAGAGUUGGCGUGAGCUGAGGCGAUCUAGGAGUAGAGACAGAAGCUUGUCCUGGAGGAGCAGGACAGUGUCACUUACCAGUGAAAGCUCUAGAGAAAGAAACCGGUCCAGAUCUAGAAGUCAAAACCGCAACAAAGGAAGAUCCCGGAGCAAUGAUAGUGACUAUAGUUUUGGUGCAGACAACUAUUCCAGUACAUAUCAGUGGGAGUACACCUACUAUAGUAGAAAUCGUGACAGAGAUUGCUAUGAGCAGUCUUAUAGAAAGCGGACACGUGGUAGAGGUCAUUAUUCUAGACCUUCUGGCAGCCCUGAAUACAAGAUGCAGUCUUACCCUACUAGAAAAGAUACACGGAAAGAAAGGGGACAUGUUACUAGAAGGCACCAUGACAGAUAUAGAUCAAGAAGUCGUUCUAGCAGUCAAAUAAAUAUGUCCGAGACAGAACUGACCCAUUCUGACAAGCCAAGUGGAAAACGGAAAUACAAAACCCGUCAUCUUGAGACACACGAGGAGGAUGCAAGCAAUAUUGAAACCCAAGCUAGAAAGACGAAAGUGGACAAUAUACUAGCAGACAAGGGCUCAUCUGUUAAGUGCACUGAAGAUUACAAGAAUGUGUUGGGCAACUCAUCCUGUAAUGAACCAAAACAAAAGUGGAAGAAGAAGGCAAGAAGCCCCAGUGUUGAAAUAGUGUUUGAAGGUAAAGCAGGAGAGAGUUUAAGGCAUCACAAAAAGAAAAAAAAGAAGCACAAGAAAAAACGCCACCGAGAACAGUCGGGAAGUUCUCUUCUUGCCUCCCCUAUAAUCAUUACCAUUGACAGUGAAAGUGAUACUCCCAUGUCGGAGAAUGUUCCUUGUAACAGUGAACAUACUCUCCUCCCGGUCAAAAACCUUAGUAUUGACUCCACAGUGCCCUCAACCAGCCAUUCACCAGCUACCUCUGCUGCAACAAGCACCACAGACCUUCCAAGUGGAGAAAUAGCUGACCUUGAUCCUAAAUGUGAUGAUGUAUCUACCAGCAAUGGACAUGUGGAUGCUGCAACAGGAAUACUGGAUGGGUUACAUUUUGAGGAUAGCUCAGAUGAGCAAGCUUGUGCUGCAGAAUGUAGUCCACCCAGUUUUCAAUCCCCUGAAGAUGACAUUGUUGCACCACCUGAGGUAUAUUCUCCAAAUUCUGAGGCUACUCAGCCCAAUGCUUUUUCUGAAAUCCCUUCAGAUAUAAUGGAACUUGAGGAGAAUCUCUCUAAAGAGAACAGUGAAGAUGAGUCCUUGGAAAGCAUGACAUAGCACUUUCUGCUAAAGCAGAUAAUUUAGUGGGCAAGGGGCAACUAGGUUUUUUAUUGUAUUAAGAUGUCAUUUGCAAUUUUCCCAUGCACAUUCAUCAUUGUAAUUACUUGCAUUUUAUUGUUUUUAACUGAAAACCAAUCUAGCUCCAUGUGUGGCCCUGUUGCGGCACUGUAGUUGCUCAGUGCAAGCGAUAAAGCUUUUGUUGUCAUUUCUGAAGAGGGAUAUGAAUUACACUAGUAUGCUGAAGAGUAGGGCACUUGCUAUAUGAAAUGCCCAUAUUUUAAGUUUACUCUUUUGUGUUUUUGUUUAAUAACUGUAAACCAGUUCUUAAUUUAAAUAUAGAAUAUGAAAUCCCUGUAUGGUCUAUAAAAAAACAAAUGUGUAACCCAAAAAGUAUACAGAAUUUUAUCAAACUAGAAAGAUAAAGGCCAUUUAAUUUAUAAACAUAUUGUUUAAAAGUUACUGCUGUUGAUACACAGGUUUUGUUAAAUGAAACUGUAAACAAUUACUGUAAUUUAGUAGACUAACUGCUGUUGAACUGUACAAUUAAAGGAACCCAAAAGUGCAAAAAGAAAAUGCUUUAAUUUGGUAGAGCAUUUAAAUAUUGCGCUACAGCUUUCAUAUUUCUGUUUGUUUAACCUUAGCAAAUGGAUUAAACACAUAGUUAAACUCGGCUCUAGAACAGAAAUACACUAUUGGGAAGUAGAUGAACACAUUUGAAGAGCCAAUGACAAGAGACAAAUGUUUGCAGCAAUUUGAUUUAAAAAAAAAAAAAAAGUGAAAUCUAGUGUUUUAAAAUAACAUACUGUAUCUUAAAGGCAUACUGAACCCAAUUUUUUUUCUUUGGUGAUUCAGAUAGAGCAUGCAAUUUUAAGCAACUUUUGAAUUUACUCCUGAUAUCAAAUGUUCUUCGUUCUCUUGGUAUCUUUAUUUGAAAAAGUAGGAAUGUAAGCUUACGAGCCAGCCCAUCUUUGUAUCAGCUCCUGGGUACAGCUUGCUGAUUGGUGGUUAAACGUACCCACCAAUCAAGCGCUAUAUAAACCAUAUAAAGUAUCCCUUUAACCAUGAAACCAAAACUGUUGAUUACACCUAAGUGUACAACCCUAAGGGGCGCUAAUGCAAGAUAGAAGUAAUUUGAAAAACAGAAAGCAAAUAGGUGAAAAUCUGUAUAAUACAAAAUGAACAGUACCUAUAAGUAGGAUUAUUAAUAAACCAGGUUCCUAAUAAUAAUAAACCAGACUUACAAAUGUGCUACUACUUAAUAGACCAAAAUACAGAUCAUCAAUCUGCAGCCAAUGGAUAAAACAAUAUAGUGCAUUAACUUAAAAUAUACGCCUCCUAGUGCAACUCUGUUAGAGAUUUGAUACUAACAGAUCAAGUGGAUGGUAAAAUACUCACAAAAUGAGCAGCACCCAUGUGCUUAUUGAUGCAGGCUGGGGAAUUGCAGUGACCCAGCUACACUAAUCCUACAGCAGGAUGAUGGGUCCAGGUAAUCCAAUGGAUAACAAAAGCACGGGCUUCCAAACCGUAAAUUAAAAGGUAAUUUAUUAAGAAGUGAGGAUGUACACAGUACAACCCAACUAGAAUAAUAACAAAUGUUGCAACGCGUUUCUCAGCCAGGCUGGCUGUUUCAUCAGGCAUCUCACACACUCAAUAGUCCAGUACUGCUUGUUUUGCAAAGAAUAGCAAGAGAAUGAAACAAAUUUGAUAAUAGAAAUAAUUUGGAAAUAUCUUCAAAUUUUGUAUGUUCUAUUUGAAUUGUGAUAGAAAAAAAAAUAGCUAUCAUGUCCCUUUAACUGAAUUCCACCUGGUUCAUUAAAGGUUGAUAUUGUCAAUCCAGUAUGCAAACAGGACAAUGGUACAUUUGAAGUGAAAUAGUCUGUAUAGAGAGGCGCAAUAAGGGCAGAGCUUGUAAACUUCUGGGAUAUUGAGUAUUUACAAAUGCAUUACAAAAACUUGGAAGUUUUCCAUCUUUUUUUCAAAUUGUGAUAGUAAAUGUUGAGAAAGUCUGUAUAAUUUUCAUUCUCACUUUAAUAAGUAGCGUGAACAGGGGUCAGCAACCUUGGCACACCAGAUGUUUUAGAACUAUAUUCCCCAUGAUACUCAGCCAGCCUAAAGAGUGUCUAAGCAUCAUGGGAAAUGUAGUUCCAAAACAUCUGUGGUAACAUGGUUGCUGACCCCUGAGCGUGAAAGUGGUUAAACUGAUAUUGCAAAUGAUUUAUAUGGCUUAUAGAAAAUGAGUUUUAUAAGUUUUUUUUUUUAUACACUCUCUAGAAAAUAUACUGCAUACAUAUGCUUAUUUGAUGGUAUUUUUGUAAUGUUUCCUGGGUAGCCUUUUUUAAUUUUUAAAGUGUACUACAGGUGCAUUUUUUUUUUUUUUUUUUUUUUAAAUACGCUCAGGGCUUCUACAUCACAAAUCAAUGAUUUGGGUGCUAAAUAGCUUGUAAGACCAUUGCAAUUAAAGCAACUACAAAAUUCUUAUGUUUUGAUAAUAAUAUGGUAAUAGAAAACUAGAACUAUUUCCAUUAUUUACUUUUUUCCAGUUAUUACAAAAUUGUAAUAUAUUGUAUAUAACCAGUGUUCUGCAUUAUUGGAUAUCAUAUGCUGUAUGUUUCCUUAAACAUAAUGAUAUAUUAAUAUAUCUCACUAGAACUAGACAAAAAAGUCCAAACAUGAUUUGAUACAUUUGUAUCUAAUUUGCACAGAUUGUGCAUGAUACUUUUCUUAUAAUAUUCAACCAUUUUUUUUGUUGUUUGUUUUUUAAAGCCGACAAUUAUGUGUUCUCAUGGGAUGUAAAAUGUGUGUUCUUGAUCUCAUCUAAUGUGUAUAUACUGUUAAAUAAAUGUCUUUUUUUUUAAUAA